GAGUGACCAGCCAGCAGGACAAUGACAAGACGGUCAGCGUGUCCAACACCAUCCGCCUGGCGGUCAGCAGGAGGGACGACAGGGCCCUCGUGACGUGCGAGGCGACGCACCCUGCCCUGCGUGGUCAGAGGAAGAUCACCCAGCACGCCCUCAACGUGCACUACGCCCCGACCGUGAAGAUUCAGCACCCCCCAGGAGUGAUGAGAGAAGGGGACAGCCUGUCGCUGGACUGCAUCAUCUCAGCAAACCCCCUUCCCAGCACGGUGCUCUGGUCCCGGCUCAACGACUCUCUCCCCGAGAGGACAGAGACCCAGGGGACGCUGCUCACCAUCCCUCGGCUCAGCGCGCUGGACAACGGGACCUACGUGUGCGAGGGACACAACCAGUACGGACGCGCGGCCGACGAGUACACACUGGUGGUGUACGACAUCCCUCCUGUCAUUGAAUCCAAAGACCCGGGUGCAAGUGUGGAGGCUCAGAGAUACGUUCCCUACUCCAUCAUUGGAGGUGUUCUGGCCAUGCUGGUGUUCGGGGUGAUCUGUGUGCUCAUUGUAACCAUCUGGUGCUCUGUCAGGCAAAAAGGCUCGUAUCUGACCCACGAGGCGAGCGGAUUGGACGAGCACGGAGAGGUGCAGGAGGCCUUCCUGAACGGGAGCGAGACCCGGGAGGGGAAGAAGGAAUAUUUACUGUAAAAACCUUAAAAACAAAACAAAACAGAACCACAACUCAGGCAGCAGGGACGAGCCAGCCAGACAGAGACAGGGGGAGGAGAGACGCUUCAGUCGAACCAUCCCUUGGAAAUCAUUCAAACCUAGCGCUAGUACAUUCUAAACCCUGUUUGUUUAUUUUCUUCUUGUGUGUGUGUGUAGCGUACGCUGUAGACACUUCUAGUGGAAACGUUAGCCAUCUGAAUUUACACUGUAGAUCCUGACACUUGUACGGGAAACGUUAGCCAUUUGAAUUUAGUUUCUUUUUUUUGCUUUAGUGUAAGACUGUGUGUUUUAUAGUUCCGAAAUAAGAGAAAUUCAAUUUAGUGUUCAAUCUGCUAUGCGCUGGCACGGAUUCAUCUAUCAAUGCUUGUGAGGAGUGUAGAGCUGGUCUUGAAAGGGCCAUGACACUGUAGCAUCACCCAAACAAAAAUAAAUACAUACACAGCUUCAUCACAUCGCUUUUAUUUAAACUGGAGGGAGAGGGAGACGGAGAAAAUGAAAUCGUUGGGCUUUCAUUUUUCUUUAAAUGUUUUAUUUUGUGGAAGGAUGGGGAAUUUUAAUUUUAAAGAUUCUUAAUUUUCGAAGGCGUAACCCUAAUUUGGUGGAGAAAAAAUAUAUAUAUUUGACUUUUUCUUUAAAAAAAAAAAAAAAAAAAAAAAAAAAAUUCAAACGCACCCUCGAAGGUGACCCGGCGUUGUUGUUGAAUCACAACUACUUACAUAAAAGCCCCCCCUGCACCCCUGCACCCUCGCCCCUCGCUUCCUGGCCAAUCAGGCUGCUCCCCCUCCCUCUCUCCCAGUUGACAGUGUUAUGGCAGGUGUUCCUAAUAUUUUGUCCGAGCCGUCGCCCCUGCAGCUUUUGUUAUGCCAUCGCUACCCAGUCGGGGGGGGGUCUGAUCAGCGCUGCGGGACCCCAGGGGUGCUCCGUCCUUCGCACAAGACGCCAAACAAACGAGCUCCUAUUGGAAGUGACUCUGCAGCAGCAGCAGCAGCAGUUGUUGAUGAUGCAGAGUUCACCCUCCCUCGUCUCUGUAAGUCGCUCUGGAUAACAGCGUCUGCUGAACGACACAUUUAAUUCACAUUCGUAACUGGAGAGCAGGUCUGGCGACAGCGUUUCCGCAGCGCCAGCCCCCUUCUCAACACAGAUCUGUUCUUGCAUCGGAGAGAAACACAAACGUGUUCCCCUUAUAAAAGCGCGAUCCUCCCUGUGUUGUAAUUUAAAACAGUUUGUAUAUAUAUAUUAAAAAAGUCUGGAUUACAAAGGGAAAAGAUUGUGGUAACAUUGAUUUGACCGUUAGGGAUAGUCUUAACAUUGGGAAAAAGAUGCAUCAGCAUACAUGUCACUGUCAUUCAUCAUUAUUAUUAUUAUUAUUAUUAUUAUUAUUGUUAUUAUUAAUAAUGUUUUUUUUAUUGCUAUGCUUUUUGUAUACUUAAUUUGUUGUCUUUUUAUACAUAAUUGUUUUGUUUUUUUUGUUCAUGGGGGUGAAAAACAAGCUAAUAUAUUUUACAAACCUUUUUAAAACCUAAAUCAACAAAUGUAGUAAAAAAAUAAAAAUAAAAUAUUAAUAUAUAUAUACUGUGUACUUUUUGAAAAUGUAGCUAACUGAAUCGAACCCUUCAUGCUUUAUCCCUCCCCCCUCCCCCUUACGAUUCAGAACUAAAAAACAAACUUAUUUACAUUCGGUAUGGUUAUUGAUGGUAGGAUGCACUGUUAACUUUGAAUUCUGUCCUUGUGAUCUGAUUUUUUUUUAUCAGGGUUAGAAACUGCACGACCCGAAUAUUCUGUUAUCAGGAGGGAGAUUUCCUCAGAAAUCAGUUCCUGACAAUCCAGCGAGGGUCUCUGGUGUGGAUCGCGGCUGAUUCACCGUUCAGAGUGAAUUCAGAAACAGCUGCUUGGGUUUGUGUGGAUCGCUUUGAGUCUUUAAGAAAAGCAGCGAUCAUCACAAACCCAAGCAGCUGUUUCUUCACUCGUUUCGAAAGGUAGAAUCAGCCCUGAUCGACAGCAGCCCCUGAUUUUCAGUGGAGAGCUCCGUCCUGAUUUUUAACGGGAUAUUCGGUUUGUGCGCCGGUGCUGUAGAAAGACGGGAUGAAGACGUGUGAAGCCCACGCUGUGUAAAUCUGUCCUCGCGCUUCAGAUGGUGCGAAAUUAAAUUAUAUAUAUAUCUGCAGGCUUGUGGUCUGGAUAUUGUGAGCGUUCAGCAACCGCGCUGCUUCUGUUUGUAAAAAGCAGGCUGGUUUGUUUUUCGUUUUCUUUUGAAUCCUUGGUUCUCCAAAAAAAAAAAAAUAUCUUUACCACAAGACAAGGGAGGCAAUGCUAAGUGUGGAUAAGGGAAUCUACCUAUCUAUCUAUCUAAAGGGAUGGAAAUAAGACUCCUAUUGCACAGCAGUGUGAUCCAUUCCAGGUUUUACUACCAGCUUGAUCAGCCCCCCCAGUGUGUCUAGCUAACAAGCUCAGGUGUGUCUGAUUGUUAAACUCAUGCAUAACUGAAUUGCAAUUGAUUAAUGAUACGAUAUAAUUAAAAUUACACAGAUGUGCCAAGCUUCAAUUACAGUUACACUGGAAUUGUAAUUAAUUACAAAUUGCACGAUUUAAAAGUGCGAUCCACCCCCCCCCCCCCCCCCCCCCAGGUCUGCCCAAAACACAGAAAUGUAUUUUAUUAAAAAAACAAGGUUCAGAAAAUCAAGUUUCUUUUCUGUCUUCCCUUCAUGCAAUGCAGCUGGUUCCUGUAGGACUCGCUCCGUCUCCUGUCGGGGUGUGUUUUUCAUAACCUUUAUUUUUAAUUUGACGUGUUGUUUUCUUUUUAAAUGGGUUCAUUUUUCGCGCGUCCUGGGAGUUAUAUUUAUUGUUUGUCUCGCCUGUUUCUUCCGUGUGUUUUUAAUGAUGGCCAUUCUUCUUCUUCUUCGCUUUGUUAUUUUCUACCCUUUCUUGUAAAACCAUUUUGUACAGAAACUGUCAGACCGACGGAUGGUGUGUUUACAACUAAUAAAGACUUUUAAUGUUACAAAAA